AUGAUCACGCUUGUUCAUAAAGUGCUGCAGGUUGGAGAUGCCGGAAAGGAUCACGCUUGUUGGGAAAGGCCCGAGGACAUGGACACACCAAGAAGCGUGAUCAAGAUUGACAAGAACACCCCUGGCACAGAAGUUGCAGCUGAGACUGCUGCUGCUCUUGCUGCUGCUUCCUUAGUUUUCCGGAGGAGUGAUCCUAAUUACUCCAAGGUUCUUGCAAGAAGGGCGAUUCGGGUGUUUGAGUUUGCUGAUAAGCACCGUGCCGCAUAUAGCGUGGGUCUGAGGCGUUACGUGUGCCCUUAUUACUGCGAUUUCUCUGGCUAUCAGGAUGAGCUGUUGUGGGGUGCUGCUUGGCUGCACAGAGCGACGAGAAACCCGACUUAUCUGAGCUACAUUCAGGCGAACGGGCAGACGCUCGGAGCUGAUGAAAUUGAUAACACAUUUGGUUGGGACAACAAGCAUGUUGGAGCUAGAAUCCUUCUCUCCAAGGCGUAUCUCGUCCAAAAUGUCCAGCCUCUCCACGACUACAAAAGCCACGCCGAUAACUUCAUAUGCUCUCUGCUCCCGGGGACGCCCUACUCCUCUGCUCAAUACACCCCCGGUGGUCUGUUGUUCAAGAUGAAUGAUAGUAAUAUGCAGUAUGUGACUUCCACUUCUUUCCUUCUGGUGACUUACGCCAAGUACUUGACCACGUCGCGUAGGGUUGUGAACUGUGGUGGCGCCAUCAUCAGGAUGUUAUCUUUAUGGGAUAAUGAUAAAUUGCGUAAGUGUUGUGUUAAGCUUCAAGAUGCCCUGAAACAUAAUGAUAAAUUUGACAUUGAUGCUGAAGAUUUAUAUUCUGAAUUGCAAGUGCUACAAAUGUGUUUACCAUCUGAAACAAAAUCGCUUGGGCCGGCCCUGGCCAUCAUCACCCCGAAGAAGCUUCGGGCAUUCGCCAAGAAUCAGGUGGACUACUUGCUGGGAGACAAUCCGAUGAAAAUGUCGUUCAUGGUGGGGUACGGUUCGAGAUAUCCGGUGCGCAUCCACCACCGGGGCUCGUCCCUCCCGUCGGUUAAUGCUCAGGUCCAGAUUCAUCACUUGAGCCUUCAUCCCCAGUCA